AUGGCGAGCGCGCAGACUACCGGUGCCGCCAGCUUCCUGAAACUACCAACUGAGCUGCUCGACCAGAUCGCCAGCCUCCUCCCCCAAUCGGCUCUUCGCGCACUCGCCCUCGCGUCAAAGAAGGCGAAUGUCUCCGCCAUCGACACCCUCUACAAGACCUACCUCAACCGCACUGCGCCCGCGAAAGCGCCCUUCCACCUCUUCCUCCGCACGGUAUGCGAGCGACCCGACCUUGCGGCCAAGGUGAAGCGCGUCGACAUUCGCGGCUGGCGUUCGGAGUAUGAGGUUGCGACAGGAGCUGCAUGGCGGGGUGUCACGGAAGUCAGGGACGUCGAUCAAAUCGAGAAGAGUGGCCCAUCGUUCACGAGCACAGAAAAGAGCGUACGAGAUUCAGCCACGGCCAGGUUCAAGUUGUUCGUCGGAGCCGCAGUCAAGGCCGGUAUAGUCUCGAAGCCCACAUCGCUUUCCGCAUCGGCGCUGAAGGCGAGCAUCGUAUGGUACACAACACUGAAGGAGGACGGCGACUUUCUGCGACUUCUGGGACGGGGUGUGGAGGAUGCGCAGCUUGUGCUGAUGCUAGCUCUGCUACCCAAUAUGGGACUCCUCAAUAUCGAUGGACUGAGUCCCUUUCCGCUCCUUGAUUGGCAUCACUUCCUCUCUCGUUCCAGCACAGCGCUUCAGAAGCUUUGGGCGAUAGGAUUGACUGGCUCGAAUACGAGCUCGAAAGAGCCAGUCGUCAAGAACAGUUUACAGUUUCUCGACAUUACGCCAAACCUGCUGAAGAUCAGCUUCAUUGCCAUUGCCGCCGGUGGUCAUAAAUUCACGGUCCAAGCGCUUCCUUCGACCAAACUCGAGACUGUUCUCCUUCUCGGGUGUGGAGUCAACGUUCGCCUCAUGCGUAAGAUUAUGCUCAGUCAGCGUCUGAAUGCUAUAGCCUACCGGCCAGGUCCAGCCCAAGUCAAUGCAAUCACAGGAUCCGAUAUCUCUCGACCAGUCCUCUUGGCUUCAUUCGCGCAUUCCAAGCUCUCGCUGAGAAUGUUGGUUCUCUUCUCUGAUGGGUUGAACUUUGGAGAAACCUCUCUCAAGGUUUUCGAGAACCUCGAAAUAUUGGAUGUGCCUCUUGGGGAUGCCCUGAAUACCCCAUACGAUGCGGUAGAGCCUGAGGACAUCUACGCUCGCCUCAAAGACCAGCUUCCUGUCAGCCUGAAUCACAUCGUCCUCCGCUAUAUGAACAACACCAUCCAGAGUAAGAUCGUCAUAGAGCAAUUGGCUGUAUUGAAGAUGCAAGGCAUAUUGCCGCACCUCGACAGAGCCACCUUCAACUUCAUUAGCGCUGUGCCACCGGCAUUUAUUCCCGCGGCUGUCGUCAAUAUCGGUGGUCCUACGGGAGAAGUGUCUUUAGAUUGUACCUGGGACUAUCUCCCAAGGAUCGAGAGAAAGGUCCAGGAAGAUUUCGACGAGCUGUACAAGGACGCAGGCAUCUGCAUGGUGGUGAAACAGACGGACUGGUAG